GGCUUUCCCUCCCCAAUUUUAAACCACUGUCUUUCUGGAAGGAGAAAAAAGGGAAGGGACGAAGAAAAUUAGCCAAAGAAAGAUCGAAGCUUGGAUAACCCAAAAGCUCCAAGAUUACAGAAUCUGGAACUAACAUAGCGAAGAUGUUGAAGAUUUUUGGCCGAGGUAAGGAUACCUCCGAUUUGUCGCCGCAAUCCUUCUCUUAUUCUUCGUCUUCGUCGUCGUCGGCGACUCCGGUGACCGGUCCCGCGAGGCCGAUUCGUCUGAUCUAUUGCGACGAAAGUGGGAAGUUCCGGAUGGAUCCAGAAGCGGUUGCGACUCUACAACUCGUCAAGGAACCCAUUGGGAUCGUUUCCGUCUGUGGCCGUGCGCGGCAGGGCAAGAGCUUUAUUUUGAACCAGCUUCUUGGAAGGAGCAGUGGAUUUCAAGUUGCAUCAACUCAUCGACCUUGUACAAAAGGGCUUUGGUUGUGGAGUGCACCUAUAAAGAGAACUGCUCUUGAUGGAACUGAGUACAAUCUUUUACUUUUAGACAGUGAAGGAAUAGAUGCCUAUGAUCAAACGGGAACAUACAGCACUCAGAUAUUUUCCUUAGCUGUCCUCUUGUCUAGCAUGUUCAUUUACAACCAGAUGGGAGGUAUAGAUGAAGCAGCCCUAGAUCGUCUCUCUCUUGUCACUCAAAUGACAAAACAUAUUCGAGUGAAAGCUGGAGGGAGGACCACAGCUUCUGAACUUGGACAAUUCUCUCCAAUUUUUGUUUGGCUCCUUAGGGAUUUCUACUUGGAUUUAGUUGAGGACAAUAGGAAAAUUACCCCUCGUGACUACCUAGAGAUUGCUUUACGUCCAGUUCAAGGUAGUGGAAAAGAUAUAGCUGCAAAAAAUGAGAUCCGAGACUCAAUUAGAGCUCUAUUUCCUGAUAGAGAAUGCUUCACCCUUGUGAGACCUGUUAACAAUGAAAAGGAGCUGCAAAUGCUUGAGCAACUUCCGAUGGACAGAUUGAGAUCUGAGUUUAGAGCUGGGCUCGAUGCAUUGACCAAAUUUGUUUUUGAGAGAACAAGGCCAAAGCAGGUUGGGGCUACAGUAAUGACAGGUCCUGUUCUUGUUGGUAUCAUCCAGUCUUAUCUAGAUGCUCUUAAUAACGGUGCAGUUCCUACGAUAUCCUCCUCAUGGCAGAGUGUUGAAGAAACUGAGUGUCAAAGGGCAUACGAAUCUGCUUCAGAGACUUACAGGUCCACUUUUGACAGUAAAACGCCACCUGAAGAAGUUGCACUGAGAGAGGCUCAUGAAGAAGCAGUUAAAAAAUCACUGGCCAUAUACAAUGCUAUUGCUGUAGGGGUUGGUUCAGCCAGGAAGAAAUAUGAAGAGCGCCUUCAGAAAUUUUUCAGCAAGAGUUUUGAGGAUUAUAAAAGAAAUGCCUUUAUGGAGGCAGAUUUACAAUGUUCAAGUGCCAUACAGACUAUGGAGAAGAGGCUAAGAGCAGCUUGUCAUGCUUCUGAUGCAACCAUAGAUAAUGUUGUGAGGGUUCUUGAUGCUCUUCUGUCAGAGUAUGAAGCAUCAUGCCGUGGCCCAGUGAAGUGGCAGAAAUUGGCUUUGUUUUUACAAAGAAGUUUGGAAGGGCCAAUGCUAGACUUGACCAAGAGACUUAUAGAUCAGAUUGGAUCAGCGAAGAGUUCCCUGAUGUUGAAAUGCCGCUCAAUUGAGGAUAAGAUGAAGUUGCUCAACAAGCAACUGGAAGAUAGUGAGAAAUAUAAAUCUGAAUAUCUGAAGCGUUAUGAUGAUGCUAUCAAUGACAAGAAGAAAUUGGCAGAUGAAUAUACAAGCAGAAUAAAUAAUCUGCAGGGUGAUAACAGUUCACUGAAGGAGAGAUGUUCAAGUUUAAUGAAAGCCCUGGAUUCUGCCAAGCAAGAAGUGUCAGACUGGAGAAGGAAAUAUGAUCAGGUUUUGUCAAAACAGAAAGCAAAGGAGGACCAGGCCUCUUCAGAAAUUGAAGUUCUUAAGUCCAGGAGCACUGCUGCUGAAGCAAGGCUGGCUGCUGCUAAGGAGCAAGCUCAGUCUGCUCAAGAGGAGGCAGAGGAGUGGAAAAGGAAGUAUGAUUAUGCUGUCAGAGAAGCGAAAGCUGCUCUAGAGAAGGCAGCAACCGUGCAGGACCGUCGAGGUAAGGACACUCAGCUGAGGGAAGAUGCUCUAAGGAAGGAAUUUGCAGAUACCUUGGCUGAUAAGGAAGAGGAAAUAAAGGACAAAUCAGCGAAGAUUGAGUAUGCAGAGCAGUGUUUGACAACUCUGAAAUUAGAGUUAAAGGCUGCAGAGUCAAAAGUCAAGAGCUAUGAUACUGAGAUAUCAUCUCUGAAGCAUGAAAUCAAAGAGUUGGCUGAGAAGUUAGAACAUGCUAAUGACAAGGCCCAGUCAUUUGAGAGAGAUGCAAAGAUACUGGAGCAGGAGAAGAUUCAUUUGGAGCAGAAGUACCAAUCUGAGUUCAGAAGGUUUGAGGAACUUGAGGAAAGAUGUAAACAAGCUGAGAAAGAAGCAAAGAAAGCGAUUGAACUGGCUGAUAAAGCACGAGCAGAGUCAGUCACUGCUCAGAAAGAGAAGAGUGAGUUACAAAGGAUAGCAAUGGAAAGAUUGGCUCACAUUGAGAGGGCUGGGAGGCAAAUUGAGAACUUGGAGAGACAGAAAACAGACUUGGGGGAUGAGGUACACAGACUCCGUCUAUCAGAAAUGGAAGCUGUUUCUAAAGUGGCAUUAUUGGAGGCAAGAGUCGAGGAGAGAGAGAAAGAAAUAGAGUCGCUAUUGAAAAAGAACAAUGAACAGAGGGCCAGUACAGUUAAAGCCCUUCAAGAUCUUUUGGACUCUGAACGUGUGGCCCAUACUGAUGCAAAUGACAGGGCUGAAGCUCUAUCUUUUCAACUACAAGCUACACAGGCAAAACUUGAUGCACUCCAGCAAGAGUUGACAUCAGUUCGUCUAAAUGAAACAGCUUUAGAUAGUAAGCUCAAGACUGCUUCACAUGGGAAACGUUUAAGAGCAGAGGAGACUGACAUGGAUACAAGUGAUAAAAUUUUAAGAGUAAAUAAGAAAUCCAGAAGCACGACUAGUCCUCUCAUCUAUACUCAGCCUGAAGAUGGUGGAUCAGUGUUUAAAGGUGAUGAGGAUAACCAGAGUCAGCACAACAGUCAGGAGGACUAUACAAAAUUCACUGUCCAGAAACUUAAGCAGGAACUCACAAAACAUAAUUUUGGUGCCGAGCUGCUUGCAUUGAGGAAUCCUAAUAAAAGGGAAAUCCUUGCCCUUUAUGAGAAAUGUGUUCUCCAGAAGUCAUAACCGUUUUUCUUAAAUGACGUGUAUAGGGAAGGUGAAGUGAAUGUACCCUACUAGAAGGCUAGUGGAUAGAUUUAUUGGAAUAGAAGUUUUAAGUUCUUUCAGGAGUUGGAAAACCUAAAGAUAGAUUCUGUUGUUAAGUUUGCAGUACUUAAAAGCGCAGAAGGUCUCUUUCCUUUCCACUGAAGAAAAUCCUUAGGUCAAUUAAGAUUUCUGUGUUUCACCGAGUUUCCCCUUUCUUGUGUGGACAUUUCAAUAUGAAUUCGGUCUAGGUGGGCUUUGUAGAGAAAUGUGAAUGUUUUGAUUGUAAUUUUCACCCUGUUUUUCUGCUUGUACCUGCUUGAUCCUGUUAUCUUUGCCUGGGAUGGAUUUGGCGUGCCCUUGUUAAGCUUUAGAACCUUUUUCUAUAAGAAAAGUUUAUCCAUUAU